AUGAGCAUUCCCAUAUCCACACUCCCACCAGAUUCAAGGACUACCUACAUACUCGACCAGCUCGAGGGUGAGCGCGUAACUCUACCGGGCAGCAAACGCGUCUUUCGAAUCCUCGCAUCAUCCAAACAAACCGAUGGCGGAAUCGCCGUCUUUACCAGCGGCGCCGUGCUAUCAGACGCACCGGGCUUCCACUGGCAUGAAAAAGCACAUGACGUGUUCCUCGUGACAAAAGGUUUUGUCAAACUGUGGAACGGCGACAAGUGCAGGAUAAUGGGGCCAGGCGAUUUCGCCUAUGUCCCACCAAAAGUAAUUCACAACCCCGAACUUCUGGGGCCACACACAGAAACUUUCGGUCUCGUUGCGCCAGGUGACUGGAUUGAUUUCUUCCGUUACGUAGGCGAGACGUACAACGGAGUUAUCGUGCCUGAGAACGACAAUCGCGAUCUCAAAGCCAUGCUGAUCCCCAAGCUGAUGGCAUCCAAGGACCGGUUUGACGUGCACUUUGAACGAGAGUACCAGCCCCCCGAGGUCGCCCCGUGGGAAGACUCGGAGAACCAGCUUCCAGCGGCAGGCCAACCUUAUUUCCUGCGGGCCAACACGGGGCCCCGCUGGAUCCUGGGUGGAGUCAUCUCGCGGCCGUUCAUCCAUGCCGAGCAAACAGGCGGCCUAUUCGCCAUCUCAAGCAUAGAAUCCUCGCGGGUUUACGACAAAAAGCAGCAGCCGCUGGCGCGCUGGCUCACAUUUGCCAAGUUAGAUCAUUGCUUCUGUGUCCAGGAGGGUCUCCUCCGCAUCCGAUUACAAUCGAGUGAGGUCUGGAAUGAGAUUCGCGAGGGCCAGACGAUACUCGUUGCGGCGGGCGAGACUUUCACGGUUGAUUUCGGCAGCCGAUAUGUACGCGUGUGGUCUUUUACCAAUGGAGAGGGAGUCGAGGAGUUGAUUAGAAAGGCUGGAACCUCGUAUGAGGGAUUCGUGCUACCGGAAGAGCCGGCAGGUCUAGAUGAGGCAAAGGUAUCAGAAUCUUGCAAAGAGCUGGGCAUUGCUUCUAAGAGCCUUUAG